AUGGAAAAUAGGAAUAAUGUGACAGAAUUCAUUCUUUUAGGUCUUAUAAACAGCCCUGACAUUCAGAAAAUACUUUUUGUUCUAUUCUUAAUCACUUAUAUUGUCACUGUGGUGGGUAAUGUGCUCAUUGUGAUCACUAUUACUUUCAGCCAGACCCUGAACUCCCCAAUGUACUUCUUCCUCACCUUCUUGUCUUUAAUAGAUGCAUGUUAUUCAACUUCAACUAUCCCCAAAAUGCUUACAGAUUUACUCUCUAAGAGGAAAACAAUUUCCUUUAAUGAAUGCAUGGCCCAGGUUUUUGUAGAACAUUUCUUUGGUGGCUCUGAGAUUGUUAUCCUCAUAAUAAUGGCCUUUGACAGGUAUGUGGCCAUUUGUAAGCCUUUGCACUACACAACCAUAAUGAACCAUCGCCUCUGCUGUUAUUUGGUGGUUCUGGCUUGGACAGUGGGCUUCCUGCACUCUAUAGGACAGAUUUUCAUGAUAGUCUGGCUCCCUUUCUGUGGACCCAAUGCUAUAGACCACUUUAUGUGUGACAUUAUCCCCUUGAUCCAGCUAGCCUGCACAGAAACCUUUUUCAUUGGUCUACUAGUUGCUGCUCAUGGAGGGUUAACAUCUAUGAUUAGUUUUAUUAUCUUAAUGGCAUCCUAUGUUGUUAUCCUUUACUCUCUGAAAAGUUACAGCUUGGCAGGGAGACAAAAGGCCCUCUCCACUUGUAUCUCCCAUAUCACUGUGGUUUUCUUGUUCUUUGUCCCCUGCACUUUCAUGUAUCUGCGGCCUCUGACUACCUUCUCAAUGGACAAAACUGUAGCAAUAUUUUAUACUAUGAUAACUCCCAUGUUAAACCCCUUCAUCUACACAGUGAGGAAUUCAGAGGUGAAAAAUGCUAUGAGAAAGUUAUGGAAUAGAAAAGUGACUUCAGAACAUAAAUGA